CUUAGUCUCACUGACAAAAUUCCCAGACAUAUUUUUGUUUCCUUUCAUGGAAAUUUUUGCUUCCCAUGAUUUCUGUAAUAUGUUUAGUCCCUAUGAUUUUCAUUAUUUGUCUCUGUGUGUACUUAUUUAUUUAUUUUUAAGUUCUAAACUCUAAAGUUUGCAUCUUUAACUUGAAUAAAUGAGAGAGAGGGAGAAAAGUCUUACUCUUUGACAUUUAAACCAUGCGUGCACUGUUUGGUUCUCGGGAAAGAUGAGAGGAAAAGAAAAGGAAAGAUGAGAGGAAAAGAAAAGAAAAGAAAAUGGUUCUUUUGAAGCAUAAUCUUACCUUUUUAUUUUAUUUUAUUUGGGAGAGCCAAACAAGGCCUAAGUGUUUAAGAAUUUGAAAAAGUGAUUGCGCUCUGGAUUUUGGCCUAAGUGUUUAAGAAUUUGAAAAAGUUAUUGUGCUCUGGAUUUUUGAAUAGCUAGCUGGAGGACGAGGAUCCUUGUCUGUUCCGUUAGCUAUGGGAAGAUGCUAAGCCUAAAGCAACUACGAUGAUGACAAGUCAUUUUGCCUUUUCUUACGAUUUUGAAAUGGGCUUUCAUGGACCACCUCUUUCUUCUAUUUUUGGCUUUAGGUGUUUGAUUCUCCGGCUGCUUCUUUGUCUUUAUACUAUAUAUAUUGUCAAUUGUCUUCUUUGUGUCUCAGUUAAUUUUCAAUCCGUGCAAGUUAAAUUUUUUUCAUCAUUGAGUGAAAUUGUUUACUAGAGUAUAAGAAUGACCUGGUUCUCAGAAUGGAUCAGCUCUGUGGAUGACAACUCACCGCGGUCUUAUGCUUUUGAAAUUUCAAACAAAGGGAAAAUAUUAAUACCAAUUAGAAAAAUUGUGACCACAAGAAUUGCUCAAUGGUCUUUCCUUUUGUAUUGGAAAGUGAUGAAAGGGUAGAGUGGGGAAGGAACUGACAAUUCUCAUUCAUUUUCUUCCCCAUGAAAGCAAAAAGGUUUAUCUCACUUUUUUCAUGUUUUAUACUUGUGUUUGCAACAACAAAAACCAAUCCUUAGUUCCAAUAUUUUGAGUUGACUAUGGAUCUUCAACAGACUAGUCAAGAUUAAACUCCAGUGGACAAUGGAAAACUAACUGAUCAUAACUCCAAAUCAACCUACUGGAUAUGAUUUCAAUUAUCUCUAACCAUCUGCAUCUAUGUGAACUUGGUUUGAAAUCGGAAGCUGAAAAAGAAUUGGGACAUUCCUUGCAAGUUUCUGCAGACACAAGACACUGAUAAUUGCAACCACCAUAGGAAUUCCCAGAGCACAUCAGGUCCAUGGAAUAUCAUUCAGAGUUUAAAAGCAAUAUGAGGGAUCAACAACCUUUAGGAACUUCUGGGAAGCCCUUACUGCCCCAAGCAAGCCAAAGUAUAAAGUUGCAAGACAGGUUAAAACCUGAACAGCCUAGACUGUCAUAUGCUGAUCUUCAUAAUGAAAUUACUGGGGAUGAAAAGGAUAUCCCUCCUAAAUCUUGUCAUAAUCCCCAAAAACAAUGGACUGACAGGAAGGCAACCAAAGAAGAUGAACUUGUCAAAUACAUGUCAAAUUUACCAAGUUAUCUAGAGAGAGGAGAGAACCGACAGGAGAAAGUUUUAAAUGUUGGGGUCCUUGACUGGGGGCGCCUUGAAAAAUGGCGUUACAGUCAAAAACAGGUACCAGAUGAGAGUAGCCAGAAUUCGCCAUCUAGUAGUAUUACAUCAUCAUCAUUUUGGACGGAUGGAUCAUCUGCUCCUUCUAGCAGAGGUCAGAGUCGCUCUCCUGCUCAUCCAAGGACACGUCGUCCUUCACUGCAAUCUCAUCUAAUGGCAUCUUCCAUAGAAGGCCAUUCUCAAGAAGUCAAAUUAUUUGGAGGAAGUAUUGGAAAGUUUCAAGAUCUUAAACCUUCCCAGAGUAGCAUCUUGCUUGGGCAGGCAAAGGUCAUCAGAACAGAUCAGCCGUUCUGUAGUCCGGUAAUCAAGAAGGAAGAGUGCAGGAGAAAAGAUCCCGACCGAAAGAUUGAUCAAGAAAGUAGAGUUAUCCCAAAUGCCCCAAUUUGCACAAAGGAAAAGACAAAGAUUCAAGAUGGUGAAAUUAAGAAGAGAGUAGAGAAGCUGCGAGAACCAAAUCCAAAUAAUUUUGACCAAGAUGUCUUUGGAAAGCACGAAACUGUUGUUCUCCUUUUGCCGAGAGAUCUCCCCCAAAAACAUCAUUCUGCAGUGUCCCAGUUUUCUGAAUUGACAACAUCGUUAGGUCGUAGAUCAAUGGAAGCAAGUCGAAAGAGCUUUUCACAGAGUUCUAAGGAGAAUUACCAUGCAGAGGUCCAUUCUGAUAUAUCACACUCAUGCCCACUGCCUUGUGAAGUUGACAGUGAACACUCUCUGCUAGGGCAGCCUGGCACUGUAGAUAAAAAGAGUGUCAACGUGUCAUAUGUUACAUCUCACCCAGUACCACGUUCAGCUAAAGUAGGAACCAGUCCAUCCAAAUCCAGAAAUUUAGGAGAGAAAAGAUCAACCUUAAUGCCCACCAAUACAACAAAUGAACCUUUGAAGGUGUUGGAUGUGAAAGUGAGCAACGUAGCAGAUGAAAAAGUGCGAAGCUCUUCACCUUUUCGCCGACUUAACAUUAGUUUGGGUAAGAUGAGCAAAAGUUCCAGCUCCAAAGAGGGUUUGGAUACACAUCGGUUAAACUCUAAAUGUGCUGUUGCUAAAUCUGGUUCAGAGAAAGCUGCGGCCUCUUCUUGCUUGGAUACUUCAAACACCGAUAAUCUCAAUACAAGCAGAGCCAGGUCCAGCCCUCUGAGAAGGUUACUUGACCCAUUACUGAAGCCAAAAGCAGCCAACUGCCAUCACUUUGUGGAUCCAGUUGAGAGGGAAUCAAUAACAACAGUUAGGGCUAGCAAAAAUUCCAGUGGACAAUUAGAUUCUUCGACUGUGCCUUCGGGGAAAUUAAAUUCAGAUACACCAGUCCAAGCUCUUUUGCAAGUUGCAAUUAAAAAUGGUCAGCCUCUGUUCAAAUUUGCUGUUGACAAUGACAGCAAUAUUCUUGCAGCCACAAUGAAGAAGUUAAAUACUACAAGAAAGGGUGAGUACAGCACAGUUUAUACAUUCUUUACCAUUCAAGUUAAGAAGAAGAAUGGAAGUUGGAUAAAUCAAGGAGGCAAAAGCAAAGGCAAAGGCCAGGAUUACAUUUCUAAUGUUGUUGCGCAAAUGAAUGUUUCUGAUUCUCAGUUUCCCAAUAUGAUUAGACAGCAUUGUAUGGAUCAAUUCAGCAUGAGAGAAUUUGUUUUGUUUUCCGUGGACCUGAGGCAGGCAGAUCAGCAAACCUUUGACUUUCAGCCAAAUGAUGAACUUGCAGCUGUUGUUGUCAAAUUUCCAAAAAGUAUCAAUAGAAGUGCCACCGGGGACGGGUGCCAGAGCAAUCAAUACAAUGAUUUGUUAGAGGUUGGUUCAAAAGAGCAGUUACCUGGAGUGGAAUGUUUUUCCAACACUGGGGAAAAUGUUCAGAAGCUGCCUUCUGUCAGUAUGAAUAAUCUUGUCAAUGCAACAGUCAUACUUCCAAGUGCUGUGCAUAGUAUACCAAGUAAGGGAGGACCUUCAUCAUUGAUUGAACGGUGGAAAUCGGGUGGGUCAUGUGACUGUGGGGGUUGGGAUUUGGGUUGCAAACUCCGGAUUCUUGCCAACCAGAAUCAUAUCAGUAACAAAUUGGGUUCGUCCAAAGCUUGUUCGGUAACAGAUAAAUUUGAGCUUUUCUGUCAGGAAGGAGUUCAAGUCAAUCAGCCUUUCCUCAGUUUGUCUCAAUACAAGGAUGGGAUCUAUUCAGUUGAUUUCAGUUCUCCACUCUCAAUUUUACAAGCAUUCUCUAUUUGUAUAGCAGUUUUAGACAGUAAGAAAGCAUGUGAGCUUUCAGAAUCAAGUGACUUUUGAAGGAAAAAAAAAACAUCUGAGGAAACCACAUCAAUGCAAAAAGUUGAAAUAAGGGGUCCCAAUUGAAAUUGAAGAAGUUCCUGCUAGAUAUGUCUCUUAUCCACCUCAUUUUCUAGUUGGGAAGGUCAAGAUUCACAUGCAGCAUCAUCUUGUAGUUACACACUUAUGGUUUAGGUAAAUAAUUUAUGUUGUUUUGGCCGGCAUCCCUUAAAACCUCUUAAGGGGUUUGUUUACUGAUGUGGAUCAAGGUAUGUCAUUGUUAUGUGCAGCCAAGGAAAAAGUUACAAAAUAUGUUACUUUGACUACAUAAGUAAUGGCAAAUGUAAUAGUAUAAGAGAAGCAAUCUUUAUCAAUUUUCAG